GCGAUGGCGCCGGGCGAGGCCCCGCAGGCCGGGCCGGGCUCCCCGCAGACGGGCCCGGGGUCCCCGCCGGGCGGUGCCGCGGCCGGGGCGGUGGCCGCCAGGAAGCAGCGCGCGUUGGCCCAGAGGAAGGCCUUCUCCCUCUUCGUCAGAGGCAAGGAGGUGCCGGCCGCAGCCCGCGGCCCCGGCGGCGCGCGGUGGCGGUGCUGCCGCCAGGCCUUCGCGGAGCUCGCCGGCAUCCACCGGCAUGUGGCCCUGCAGCACGGCCGGGACGUCGGGCGGGAGGAGCAGGCGGCUGCUGAGGAGAGCAGCCCCCCGGGCGGGGCGGGCGGAGCUGCUGACAGCCCGGACAUCUCCGUCGCGCUGCCGGACACGAGCCGCGUCAGCGACGGUGACCUGAGAAGCGAGGUGGGAGAAGUACUUCUGUAUUACUGUUACUGUGAGGUGAAGGAUCCAGAGAAACUCUGUGCUUGGCAAAAGGCUCUGUGCCAGCAUCUGCAUCUCACUGGCAAGGUACGAGUUGCUUCAGAAGGGAUUAAUGGGACAGUUGGUGGAAGCAAAGUAGCUACCAAUCUCUACGUGGAAGCUAUGCUUUCUCAGCCUCUGUUCAAAGACAUUUUGUGUCGAGAGGAUUUCAAGAACAGCACAGGAGGAGCUCACUGUUUCCCAGACCUUCGAGUUGGAGUAUUCAAAGAAAUUGUACCUAUGGGCAUUGAUCCAAAGAUAGUAUCUUAUAAAGAAACUGGAAUCCAUUUAUCCCCUCAGGAAUUUCAUAGAGAAGUAGAACAGUAUUUGUCUCAGGCCAGUGAAGGACAAAGUGAUACCAUCUUGCUGGACUGUAGGAACUUCUAUGAAAGUAAAAUAGGACAUUUCCAAGGCUGUCUGGCUCCAGAUAUCAGGAAGUUCAGCUAUUUUCCCAGCUAUGUAGAUGAAAACCUGGAGCUUUUUAAAGACAAGCGUGUCCUGAUGUACUGCACAGGAGGGAUUCGUUGUGAAAGAGGCUCUGCCUACCUACGGAGCAAGGCAGUGUGCAGAGAGGUUUACCAGCUAAAAGGUGGAAUUCACAAGUACCUGGAAGAGUUUCCAGAUGGAUUCUACAGGGGGAAGCUGUUUGUAUUUGAUGAUCGUUACGCCAUUUGUUCCAAUGAAGAUAUCAUCUCAGCAUGCAGAUACUGUGGGGCACUGUGGGACCAGUAUAAACUUUGUUCCAGCCAGCACUGCCGGCAGCUUGUCCUGACAUGUCCAAGUUGUCACAACAAAGGUCUUACAGCCUGCUGUCCUGUUUGUCAAGAGAAGGACCUCAAGGUGACUUCAGGGGCUUCAGGACAGACACUUAAGGAGGAAUGUGAAUGUACAAGGAGACGGCCAAGGGUACCUAUUGAACAUGUCUCACAAAGGAGGCUGGACACAGGGAAAAAUUAAGCUGUUCCAUUAAUUUAUCUGACACGUGCUAAUGCAAAGGGCUUCUAUAACCAGAUCCCUAUCUGUUGCUCAGUUAGGUUUGGAAAUAAUGAAAAUGGGUUAGCUUGGAAAGUCUUGUUCAGUAUGCUGCCUUUAAGCCUAGAGUAUGCCCUGAAAACCAUCCAUUACUUGACUGCAAAUUACCAGAGUGCCCAAACCAUCACCAGCACUACAAGGUUCCUCUCCCUGGGUACAGUCUUGUAGCGUGGCCUUUGCCAUGGGGAUUUUGGAGCAGAAAAUGUGCAAAGGGACACAGCUGCUCACAAUUCAAAGCAAACUGAAGGGACAUAACUAUUGCAUUAUUCUCCUCCUGCAUGGAGAUCUCCGACCUCUCCACUGAUCGUUUGCUUCAAUAGGUAGUGCUAGGGUGUGAAAACAGCAGAUGCAUCAGUAGACUGGAGGAUAUUUUCAAUGUAUGUGCCAUCUGCCUACAUCUCUUGCUUUAUACCAGUGAGAAGCAAGGGGUACUUACCUGAAGUCACUGACUUAACUCCUGUGUAAAACUGGCUGUAAAGCAGUGCUAGGAUCCCUCUUGCACCUGGAGCAAAGGCCCACAGAUAGAUACUGUCUGCCCACACUGUUGUGUGUCACCUAUGGGACGAACAGCAAAAGUAAUCUUCAUUCCAGUGCUAUGUCUCCCCAGGAGCUGUUGUUUCCCUCAACUUGUCUGUAUGUAAAAAAUCCAGGGCUCAGCUCUGUUUGCACUCAAAAAACUUAACAGCUUGAAGCAUGUCAGAACUGAGACACACAGAGAGGAGCACAGAGACGAUCAAAAAAAGCAGCAUUACAGCACUGGAAGUGAUGCUCACCUGUGCAUGAAUGUCAGCAACAACUAAAAGGACACUGCAAGAUCCACGUGAAAUAAUUCAACAUUUGGGGAGCAUUUGUGCUUUGUAAACAGGGGUUGAGUUUUUCAAAAGCUGUGAGAUGUUUAUGCAAUUUCUGGCUCUUAUUAGUGGAGAAAUUGUCUUUUAAGGGAUUUGCAGCAUAUGAGCUCAAAAUAAUUCUCCGCCAGCUGCUUUGUGUGCUUGAUGCUGUAGAAUGUACAGAAGGGUUUUACUGAUAGUGUAGAUGUGUCUUGACUCAAAAAUGUCCUUGCAAUUUACUAUCAUUCUUGGUACUAAAUAGCAGUUAGUCAUCAGGAAAUCAAAAUCACUUACUGGUCUGGUGGCAUUUUUUGCUGGCAACUGUUUUUAAAAGCAAGGUAACAGUUUACUCAGGUUUCUGCAGUUGCUUAAUUACAGUUAGGGCAAUGUUAUUUUGUAGAGAUUGCAGCUUUCUUCCACAGUGCUAUGAAUUCAUUGUUGGCUUGAUUAGCAACUUAAGGACAUGGGCAUUGGUUCCAUUGAAGCCAUGGCAAGCAUUUCUUCUUGCUUCCAGUAAUGCUACCAUGAAAUCAGCCACUCAGGAAUUGUCUUUAUGACUGUUCCUUACAUGAAGCAAAACCUUGAAACUUAUUAAUAUCUCCUUUGGGAAUCUUUCUAGGAUAGCAUUUAAUAGUAAAUUCUUCUCCAUACUGGAGAAGAAAUUGGAAAAUUCCCAUCAGUUGAAGUCUAAGCCAUACUCAUGGUCCCCUGGCAUCUUGCCUCCCAAGCUUUGCUGGCCAGUUAACCUCUGUGCUUUUGAGGACUGGAGUAUUUGUGGAAAAUCAUGCAAGCUCUACUUGCAGGCCUGGUCUAGAGCACUGAUGGGAGUGUCCCAAUUUGCAUGUUAAACUCUUUAUUUUCAUAAUCUGUUAAGCUAAACCCCACAAUUUUAUAACUCAGUCUGUCAGCAAGUCUGGAACACGCGCAUCUACUUGAUGGCUGUUUCUGUAUCUCUUUAACAGUACAGAAUGGCAACAACUAUAUAUUAUGUAGUACACUUCUGGAACUCCUAUGCUGAUGAUAAAUAAGCUCUAGUGCUUCCAUUGAAAUACUGCACAAAUACACCUCAGCUCUUGUGUUGGAGGUGCUUAAUGCUGCAGAGGUAAAUGCUGAAACCUAGCUAGCUGUCUGCCAUGUGGUAGAUCUAGCUACAACGUACAGUUCUGAGCACUCCUGGCAGCUGGAGAUUCUACCUCAAAGGCAGAGAGGAACCAUGGGGCCUCUUCUGGUCCUUGCUGCACUAAGGCAAGGGAGGAGAAUGAUUUGAGAUGUAAAGAUGGAGGCCCAUAAAGCCAGGUUUCCUCUGCUACAAGGAGGGGAGAGGUGACUAAGAUCAUCCUUAUCCUCCCUCUUGCAAGUUAGUCCAUGAGCAGCUUCUGCAUCCUGGCUUCUGGAUUAGUUUUGUCAGAUGAAUACAAAUAAAGACUUAACAUGUGAAAUGCUUGAUGGUGGGAUCCAGGCACCUCAGUGGUAAUAAUGCCUGAGAGAAGGCACAUUAGCUCCAGGGAUGUUGACAGGUAAGCAGGACUGGCUGCAUCUGCAAGAUGCUACGGCCAGCAGCUUUGGGUUUCUUCCCCUUUUCCUGGAGAGCUACUGGGACAAACGGUGAUCUGUUUUUCUCCUAAAUAUCACCAUUUUGUAGCUCACAUCACUGUGCAGCUUGAUGCCAUUCACUACAAAGCCUGAAGCCUCUAAGCACUGCCUGUCUCUGCUGCACAGAUCUCAGCUCUCACACACAUCUUUCAGCUAAGCAGUUCUGUAAGGAUCAACUGAGGAACCUGGAGUGGUCCUGCUAGCUUCAUCUAUGUUUAGGCUGCAUAGUAAAUUUGCAUGCUGCUCCAGUGAAAUACAGGGCAACGUUCUUGCUGGUUUUGAUUUUGUUCCGUUUGUUGUUUUUUUUCUUUAUAAGGGCUAUUUUUUUUUCAUUCAGGCAAAAAUGCUAUUGCAGUAUCCAUGGUAGUGCUCCGUGCUCUGCAGAUGCAUCUCCUUGCAUGUCUGGGUCUCUUAGCACAGUCAGGAUUUCACAGGAUAAGAUGAAUUUAUAUUCUUCUGAAGCCAGAGGAAGAGCUGAGCCCAUACCAUGAAAAUCUGUGUGGAUGGCUCAGCUGAAACACAAUUUGAUGAUUCAGUUGAUGGUUUUGAAGUAUUUGUGGUGCAUAUAUAAGGAAGAGGCUGUCUGCCAGGUGUUGGUUUGUUUUUUUAGUAAGUUUUCAAGUAUUUUUCUUAUAUAUUCUGACAUGGAACUUGCAGGGUGGAGGGAAGAAGCUAUAGUGAAGCACUUUAUUUGACAACACUGGCACAUUUAUUAAGAUUUUAAGAGCAACAGAUGUCUCCCAUAUUGCUGAAAGUACUGGUUUUCUCUGCUCCAGUGGUCAGAGCUAAAUCAUGUGUGGUGUUUGCACACAAGCUCUGAAGCAAUCUGAGGGACUUUUGUUGGAAUACGUGUAAAAGGCUUGCAAAACUUCACUCUUAACAGGUGUGCAGAGACAGAUUUCUAAGUGGGAACAUUUUCCAGGAUGCAUUGUCAUCAGACCAAGAAUAAGGCUUCAGUACAGCAACACUUCUGCCAGGAGACUUCCUAGCAAGCAGGAUCCCACUCAUGUUAAUAGUGGGAGUUUUGGAUGGGCUAGUGCUGCGUCCAAUGCACUGCACGCCUGGGAGCUACCCAGGCCUGUGGAGAAUGCUUCCCAGACUAGAUGAUGGUGCCAGACUGACAGAAGCUGUCAGGCUGUUUGCAGUGUAAAUUCGGAGUUGGGAUAUUUCACUUAGCAGCUUUUCUAGGGCACAUCUAUUGUUGCAUUUAUGCAGGCAUUACGGAAGGCAGUAAAAUAAAUAAUCCCCAGCAGAACAAAAUUUAAUUAAUGGACAUUGCCAUCUAGAGAAAACAGCAAAGAAAGAACUUGAUUUGUUUCCAGUGAAUAUCUGGACACAGACCUUUAACAUUAGGUCACUGAAGGAAGUGGAGAUUUUUGAAGAGAGGGUUCUGGUUUGCUGAUUAGCUUGGCCAUCUCUGUUGGGCUAGGAUUUGUAUUGCAUCUAUAAAGGUGGCAGUUUUCUUCAGACGUGUAGGAUGGAAGGAUAUUAAUACAUCAAUUUUGAGACUCUGUUGGUGGCCUUAAGUUCCAUUUAAUCAGGGGGUAGAUAGAAUUUUUUCUAAGAAACACAGAGAUGCAUUGGAAACAGCAUCUCCAGCUGAUUGACAGAUGGCGGUAAAAAAUUGUAAAUCACACUUCUUGAAGUUAGCCAUGUUUCCAUGUAGUACAAGUGCUUGUUAAACUAGUUGCUCCUCUCUAGUUACUUGAGAUCAAUUUGGAAAAAAAAAAUAAAAUAUUUUUUUAAUACUUCUGUAA